AUGGCCCCUCCAAGACAACGUGGUGGAUCAAUCUCAAACCCCAUGGCAUGGCUGACCCGCACGGCAUCGAGCUCAAGCCACGCGGCUCCCUACACCCCGUCCAAGCCCGUCAGGAUCUCGGAACCGAAGUUUCUGAACAGCUUGGAUUCUCUGACACAGCAGCGUAAUGGCGUACUAGGUACAGGUGCCACCGUCGUUAGGACGCCGCAAGAGGCCUUGGCUGGACCGGGGAGCCUCGCGCUAUUUCAGGCGGAAGUCGUCGACGAUGAUAUUUUUGUCAUUGACCACGACGCAGAGCCCACGCCCAGCUACCCUAUACGACCAGAGAGCCCGCCACUGCCGCCACUUCCUGACGCCGAGUCCCCUAUAUGUGAGUCGGUGCGCUCACGUACACCGCCACGACCCACUCGUCCGCCACCGGCAGCACCGGAGUCGCCAGAAUCAGACAUAACAGUACUGGACCCCUACAGCCCGGAGCCAGAGACAACAACCCUCCGCCCUUCGUUGAAGAGUAGAUCCCCUAACCUGUCGACAUAUUCGCCUCCUAUGCCCGCGAUGCCCGCGAAUAUCAGCAGCUCGCCACCACAGUCUCCCUUUGAGCCCAUUCUCAUAUCACCGUUGCCAACAGAGCUCAUUGAUCAUUCUAAAGUCAUUGUGUCUCUGGAGACAUCUACAAUGACGCACCGCACGACCAUGAACACGCUGACCUCGCGACCCUCAUUCCUAUCCACGUAUCUAAAGGAGCUGCUGCCUUCGCGCAAGCGCGAUUCGGACGCAGUGUCAAUUGAAUCAGAUUACAGCGAAGCGACGAGCUCGUUCAACUCGAUCUUUCAUCAUCAUCUUACCACAUCUGGGCUGCUGCCGCAGGCGUCGACUUGCAUCCACAUUUUCCUUGAUAGGCCCAGUGCUCCAUAUGCUCACAUUCUUGCUUACCUCCGCUCACCACCAUCUACGCCGGAGAAUCCCGCUAUGCUCCCCCGCGCGGUACAGCUCACCAGUUCAUCUUCCGCGCGUUUGGAAACACUUCUUGAGCUUCGCGACGAAGCACGCUAUUUGGACCUCGAUGAGCUUUACAAGCUCUGCAACGAUGAGAUUCGCUUGCGUACAUCCCGGCCGACUGGUCUCGGCCUCCAUAUGCGAGGAUUGAGCAGUGCGAGCACCACGUCUUUGCGAAGCAUGACCACGCUACGCGACGUCCCGGAAUACGAGUCGAAGCUUACUCGUGCUGUGUCAAAGGACUCCACCAAGGCAGCGAAGAGGAGUCCGAAGAGCGGCACUGGUGGUGCACUUCCUGACCCCCAGCAGCGUGGGCGCGCUACCACAAGGACGGAUGGAGUCGAGACGCUUCGAGCGCGACCACAUCCAGGGUGGAUAUAAUUCACAUCUGCCACCUGCACAUGAUCCAACUCCCUAUAUUGCCUGAUUGUCUAUUAGUUGUCCUGGAGACUGAUAUAGUAGUAACCCUCACUUACUUGUAGCUCUAUAUUGCACAUCACGUUCACUUCGACGCCGUUAACGACCAGCCCACUCAUUCCUAGACGUUGUAUCUUUAUCAUUUCUGCACAUAGGCUCUCUGCUUCUGUUUCCGAUAAUGCAUCAUCAUAUUCAUUGAGAGCACGAUAACUCAG